AUGGCUGACGAACUCAAUGUUGACAGUCUAAUUCACAGACUUUUAGAAGUUCGAGGAUGCAGGCCCGGCAAGACAGUGCAGAUGUCAGAAUCAGAGGUGCGCGGCCUCUGUACCAAGUCCAGAGAAAUUUUCCUGCAACAGCCCAUACUACUGGAAUUGGAGGCACCACUCAAAAUUUGUGGUGAUAUACAUGGCCAGUACACAGAUUUAUUACGUCUGUUUGAAUAUGGCGGCUUUCCACCAGAAGCAAAUUAUCUAUUUUUGGGAGAUUAUGUAGAUCGUGGCAAGCAAUCUCUUGAGACCAUUUGUCUUCUACUUGCAUACAAAAUUAAAUAUCCUGAGAACUUCUUUCUUCUCAGAGGGAAUCAUGAAUGUGCAAGCAUAAACCGCAUUUAUGGAUUUUAUGAUGAGUGCAAACGCCGUUACAAUAUAAAGCUGUGGAAGACAUUUACGGACUGCUUUAAUUGCUUGCCAAUAGCUGCUAUUAUUGAUGAAAAAAUAUUCUGCUGCCAUGGUGGCCUCUCACCGGACUUACAAGGCAUGGAGCAGAUCAGGCGAAUAAUGAGGCCAACUGAUGUCCCUGACACAGGUCUACUUUGUGACCUUUUAUGGUCGGACCCGGACAAAGACGUACAGGGUUGGGGUGAAAACGACCGCGGUGUGUCAUUUACAUUUGGCCCCGAUGUUGUCAGUAAAUUCCUCAACAGACAUGACUUGGAUUUGAUCUGUCGAGCUCACCAGGUGGUAGAAGAUGGGUAUGAGUUUUUUGCAAAGCGACAGCUGGUGACAUUGUUUUCUGCACCCAACUACUGCGGGGAGUUCGAUAAUGCUGGCGGCAUGAUGUCCGUUGACGAAACGCUUAUGUGUUCUUUUCAGAUAUUAAAGCCAUCUGAGAAGAAAGCAAAGUAUCAGUAUAAUGGAAUCAACAGUGGGAGGCCAGCCACACCUCAGCGAUCACCUCCUAAGAAGAAAUAA